AUGCGUGCCACCACGAUCCUCUUCGCCCUUCUGGCGGCUGUUGCUACCGCUUCCGACAAACACCUCUGCACUAAGACCGUUCAUGGAAAGACGAAAACCGUGACCAAGACGUCUACCACUUACGCUUCCACGACAACUCUCUCGUCUACUAUCACUAGCGGGAUCAUCACUUCGACAACCACCACCACCACCACUACUCCGGCUUUUCCUCUCAAUAGCUGCAUCGCGCCUGCUGAUGUCCCUAAGAAGCGUGAAGCCCUUCCCAAAUGGAACACGUGGCGCCCUGACAAGUGCUGGGGUACUACCACAGUCACCAAACCGGCGGCCACGAAAACAGUCACGGUCACAGUGUCUGCCGUGUCUACUGUGCAAAAGCCUACGACCGUUCCAUCAGCGACGACAACGUCAAUCGUCACGUCCAUCGCCACGGCCGCCGUCUCGAGCUUCGCCGGCCCCUUCCUAAUCGUCGACCCGACAGAUACAACCUACUUCACCCUCGAAGAACUGGGUAUCGACUCCGCAUACGUCUCCCUCCAACCGCUUUCCGACGCCAAUUAUUUCUCGCUUCAGGACGGCAGCCUCACCGUCGAGGACAGCAGCAACUACGAGCUCUAUGCAGACCCGGCAUACGCCACGAUCGCCGACGAUUAUAUCGGCGGCGAGUAUGGACCCACCACCGUGUUUGCCUUCAACACUACGGAUUAUCAGGGUGAGACGGCAUUGUCGUGCUCCAUCACGCAGAACAGCGAUCAGACGUGUCCCUUGACGUGCACGGGGAAUGGCGGCAGCCAAUUCUACUACUGCCCUUCCGCUGCAGAUGGUCCUGAGCCUACUGUUCUUCUUGGUCCUGCGAACACGGCUGGGAAGAAUUGUGGAUCGACGCCGGUGCUGUUUUCGGCAUUCGUUGUCGGGCCUGAGGUUUAG